GUUCCGGGCGGCAGUGGCAGAACGGACGGUGAUGGCGACCCGGGCGGAGCGGGAGCGGGCACAGCGGCUGAAUGAGCGGCACCAGGCGGCGCUCAGCGAACUAUUGCAGGACAACAGGGAGUGUGCCGACUGUGGGAGCCGAGGACCAAGAUGGGCAUCCUGGAACCUGGGAGUAUUCCUUUGCAUUCGCUGUGCUGGUAUUCACAGAAACCUUGGAGUCCACAUCUCCAAGGUGAAGUCAGUAACUUUGGAUCAGUGGACACCAGAACAGAUCCAGAGCAUACAGGAAAUGGGAAACUCUAAAGCCAGGGUACUGUAUGAAGCUUAUCUUCCUGAUGACUUCAAGCGACCACAAACAGACCAAUCUGUGGAAAGCUUCAUAAGAGACAAAUAUGAAAAAAAGAAGUAUUUUAAUAAAGGUAUUGAUGUCACUGCUUUCAGGAAAGAAAAUAACAAAUGGAAGAAAGAGACGGAGACAAAAGAAAGCAAACCUGUACCAGUUAUUUUUGAAAAGGUUAAAGUGGCACCAAAGAAAGAUGAACAGCAGCAGUUGAGAACAAGUUCUUCAGCACCUCCAGGGCCUACGAUUGACCUUCUGGGCUUGGACGCUCCUGCAGCAGCUCCUACCACCAGUGGGACCACUAGUCUAACCACAACUAUGGCUAAUGACCUGGAUCUAUUUGGAUCAAUAAUGUCCAAUCCACUGCCUGAACCCAGCACAUUCCAAAGCACGUCUUUGGCCUCUGCUCCCCAGGAAGGAGCUGAAAACCUGAACCUCUUUGCUGACCCCUCCCUGAAGCAGGAGGAUUCUGGGAAGAAGCAGCUCUCAAAGGACACCAUUCUGUCACUUUAUGGGUCGCAGCCCACCCAUGUUCCAGUGCAAGGUGCGAUGUUUAUGCCCUCUGCACAAACACCCUAUGGUCCCUGUCUGGCACCUGGCUUCGCGAAUUUUUCCCCGGUGGGCAGUGGAGCCCUGCCGGCCGGUGCUGUGAUGGGUAAUGUGGGGCAGUCAUUGGGCAUGGUGGCUCCAGUAGCAUUGCCACCAGGAUUCGUAGGUAGCAUGCAGGCCGGGGUGAUGGGUAUGCCCAGUGGGAUGAUGGCGCAGCCGGGCGCCCACGUGGCUGGGAUGGCCAUGCCUCAGCCGGUGUACGGAGUCCAACAGGCACAGCAGCUGCAGUGGAACAUUGCACAGAUGACUCAGCAUAUGGCCGGGGUGAAUUUCUACGGGGCCAAUGGUAUGGUGAAUUAUGGACAGUCGCCAGUUUCCAUGGGAGCAGGAACUGCUCCAGCAGCAGGUCAGUCCCUCGGCACCCAGAUAUGGAAAUAGGAAGAGAGAAACGACAAUCUCUCCAUGCUUUGAAACUACGCAGAAGACAUUUUGGCUCCUUCUCUUCUCCAGCCAGUUUGCUCCGUGCGAUUUCAAAUCCAUUUUGCCGAACAGCCUUACAUGGACUUGGCAAGAAUUUCACUAUCAAAACAGCAGUCAUCAUUACCAAAGUCAAUUUUCAAACUGUAUUUUUCUCCCAAAGAAUGUUUUGGGAAUCUAAUUCCCUCCUAGGCAGAGUGUAAGAAGGAUGUGUGAUCCUGAAGUCUGACAUUAGAAGUGUUGUUGGCACAGCUUUCUCCACUCAUUCCCAAAUUCUGCUCGUCGUUCUGGUGGGAGACCCACCUGAAUAGCCACAGGAUGCCUUGUUCAUGAUACUGGGCUAAAAUUAUGAAGUUUGGACUUUGGACAGAUCAGAUUUGGAGGGGAAAGGAAAUGAUGGUUGAGUUUAUUAACCAGUCAUUGAGCCUCAUGUCACAGUUGGACAGAAUGUGAACUAUAGCACAAAUGUGCCUCUAUAUAACGACCUUUAUUGAUGCCUAUUCAAAAACCGCUGGUUAUAGCUUUAUCAUUAGGCUAAUAGUUUUGAUAUUGAAUAGAUAUUUGUUUACUGUGGUUAAGGUAGCCCUUCUGGAGCUUGCUUAAAAAAAUGCUGUUUAUGAGCUGAUUAGUGCCAGUACUAUACUUAAACCUUGGCAGCUGGUGUGAAAUUUAAUUGAAGACUAAAUCGGUAAAUCUAGUUAGAGAUACAAGUGGGAUGGACUAGUGCUUUCUAGCACACUGCAUAGCCAGGUAGGCUGAAACCUGGCCCUUGGGAUGGGAUGCCUCACCUCUUACCAGUGCCCUUGGAGCAAGCUCCAUGUUGCCCAGUUAAUGUCACUUCAACACAAAAAAAAAAUUAUUUUUUACAAAAGUUUCAAGCAGGGUUGCUUUAAAAUAGGGCAAAGCGCACUUGAGUGAUGUACCACAAGAAUUAAAGAAGAAAAACAGGGUAGCUUUUAACAUAAUCGACUAAACCAAAUUGUAAUUGAACUGUAAUUGAACCAAAAGGUGGAGUCAUUAAUAUGAUUAGACUGUUUAGCUCCUGGUUGAGGGAGGGCAUUCAAACAUGCAGCCUUGAUUCUAUACUGUCUCAUAGCAUGGCUGAGGACAAAAUCUUCUCCAUGCUUGUUGUGAAAUAUGGUUGCUCCUCAUCCAUUCAGUAAACUCCCAUCUCUGUGUUAGAUGUAGGAUCUGCUUGUGUUGCUUUUCCCAACAGUCAGUGAAUUUUAUUGAUUUAUCUUCUGGAUUACCCGUGAGCAAAAGCACCACAAUUUAAUACAAGGGUGAGUGGGGCUUUCCAACAAUCUGUGCAACAAUUAGGAGCAACAUUAGAGAAUAGUUAGAAUGCUGUGUGGGGAAUAAAGUGCUACACAACUGGUAAAGAUGUCCAGUCACCAGUGGAGAUUGCCCUUUUAUUUCUACCUCAGACAAGAACGCAUUCCAGGGUAUUAAGCACCUUUUCUCUAGGCUGUGGAGGGAACUCUUUGCACUUACCAGCUAUGUUGCUGCUUUAACUUGCUUUUCAAGCAUAUUGGGACUGGGUUAGGGGGUAUGGGAUGUUGAAAGAAAAAGGCUAAGAUCCAUUCCAUGAUUACACACGAGAUUCUUCACACACUGAGACCUGGUUUGAUAUGGCGAAUAGUCACAUCUGCACUUUUAGAGUAUUUUGGGGGGAUUUUUUUUUUAACUGAAGUAGGGAAUUCUAAACAGACAUUUAAAAAAUGUAUUGAAACUGAAAAAUGUCAGACAAGUGUGUUUGAGGCCAUUAAUAGGUCAGUUAAGUGGAUGAGUCCGCAGUAUAUUAGAAACAGGUACCCAUCCAGUGAACUUGUAAAGGCCUGGCACAAUAGGAUUAUUUGCAGAGUACCUGGCCACAUGAUCCCUCAAAAUACUGGGUGAUUGAUCUUUUAAGAGCUGAUUACAUGGAGCUGCAGGCCUGUUAGAGAUGUGAGACUUUCACAAAAUCUGGCAGGAUUUUGGAGACUGUUUCCCCUUCCCAAUCUGAAUUGAUACUUGCAAGCAUUCUGAUUUUAUGCACAAGAUUAACUGGAAGUAGGUGUUUGCAUUAAGGGGAAACAGUAAGAACAUGCAAAUACAGGGUUAACCCUGUACGUUUAAAUAUUUUUGGGGAUUUGCUUUUUAAUUUUAUUCCUUUCAUUUCUUUUUAAAUAACCUUUCCAUCAGUACGUACUGAACUCAAUAUGUUAAAGAAAUGUUGACAAUAGCUACAGUCUUGUGUUUAACUUGUUAUCCAGAGGAAUGAGAUAAGCAGCUGUAAUUGCUAAUUGUGUGUUUUUCCCAGUUGUUGUUUUGCCAAUCUUUAAAUAAGUCCUGAACAAAUUGUUUGGGAUGAAGAAUAAAAUGCAUUUUGAUGUGAAAUAAGCUGCUUGGGGAGGAAUACAAGAGGUUUUAAGGCAUUUGCCUGUCUUUAACAGAAUUAGGAGUGCUUCUUCAUUUCCAAGCGUCAGUGCAGUUAGCAUUAGUCUGGUUAUGUGACACUGAACAAUGCGAGCUUGCAUCCAAUGUGAUGGAAGGGAUGUAGCUGCAGGUCAGCUGGUUGGUUCAGUGAUACUGUAUUAUUGCUUACUCUUAAAGCCUGUGGAGAGUCAUUCUUGUGCUAUGUGUAAGGCUAAUGUUCCACCCAAAUACAUGAUCCCCCACCGGACUUGGUGAGUUGGUUCUUUAUGUCUAAUUAAGCAACUUGCCUCACAAAGAGAGGCAGUAGAGUGGCUAGAGCUUAGAACUAUUUUCUGAAGCCAGAAUAUGGAAAGUGUGAAGCUGCAGGUGACAGCUAUGUUCUGCCUUUGUGAACCGUUUUUAUGUGGAUAAUGUUGAGGUGGUGAUGGUGGUGAGAUGGUGGGGAGGAGGGGGUUGGCCAUAGAGAAUGGUCCAAGCUGGUCAAGUGGGUGCAGUGGUCUUCAAGCAGGAGGAGGGAGUCCUGGAUGGUAGUUCACUGCUGUGUGUUCACAGCUUCCUACCCUGUUGUAAAGUUCUGUGAAUUGUGUAUUAAGGGGUAUUUCAGGUUUGAAAUGGUGUGAGUAUAUUAAGGAGCAUCAGGGUUGCAAAAUAAAUUUCCGUCCCUCAGUUUUUCCACAAAUGACAUGGGCUCUGAGAGAGUGGCUGUUACAUGUUUGGGUCUGUAAUGCUAACUUUGCUGGGUGUUACAUUCACCGCUGUCACCACUUACAACCGCAUUCAUUGUUUACACGUAGUCACGUGCAACUGUACUUUAGCAUAAUGAAUUGUGCGGUAGCACUGGUCUCCCAGCUGGUGUGGUAGUUUUAUAUUUGUGCCCACCUCUUCCAUUGCCCCUGCUCCACCCUCUCUCAGUUCAAACGUUGGCCUUUGCCAGCAAUGCGUCAGUGGGUGAAAGAAUCUGCAAGUCAGGUUGCUAUAUUUGCCCUCCAUGUUUAAAAUAAAGGCACCCUUCCAACUGUAGUGAGAUUUCAAAUCCUACUAUGGAUAACUUGGAUUGCAAGACAUGGUGGUGUUGCUGAACUCACUAAUUUUCUGUAGGGAUUUUGUGGUUCAUGGAAAGUGCUCUUCUAUCUCCAACCCACCUUUUGCCAACCUGGAUUAAAGCAUCAUUGAUAAUGAACCUUUUCUACACCACCACAGUUAACUAAAUGGCAGCUCGCAUCUUAACUGUUAAUGAGCAAGGGGAUUGAGCUGGGUGCUGAUGGAGUUCAUGAGGAAUGUGAGAAAGCAUAAUGUAUUUGCAGAAAUGAAUGUAUUAAUAUAAAGCUAAUUUGUGCUAUUUUUGAGGCUGCUGUGUUUAUAAGAAUAAAUUUUUAUCUAUAAACUGUGAUUUAAAAGAAAGAACUAACCUUGUUAUCUCUUUUGGACCAUUGAAGUGUGGCCAUAGUUAAGUGCAGAACCAGGACGUGGUUUCAAAUGGGAGGAGUAUUGUAGGCUGGAACAAGGGUUUAAGGUGGAGAUAUUGCUCAGGGGGUAGAGGACCAUUUUAUAUUAACCUUAUAUACAGUGGUUUGUAUCUUAACCUUAUUUGGGUAACUGGUUGGAGAUAGUAAGAAAUGUUGCCCUUUGGCAAACCAUUCAGUAGUGUAUUUUACUGGAUUUGAAAAGUUAGCCUUCUGCUAAAUUGGAAAUAAAUUUUCAUUUUUGAAUACAUAAAGCUAUUUUUCCAAAACUCCUUCCUAUUUCUGGUUGCUGUUCCGUUCGCUAGGUUGGAUUGACUGUAAUCUGUUCACUCAGACAGCUCACUGACUCGAGUCUGAGGUUAGGUUGGCAAGGACUGUGGUCAAACUAGUGGCCAUCAACCUGUGAACGACUGUGGCACUCUCAUCUCCAGCCCCACUACCACUCAGGGCUACUCGAUCCCAUUGUUACACCGUGUUUCACUUGCAUUUGUUUAUGAGCCACACUUGUGCUUUGCUCUGUGAUUCAGUUCUGUUUGUGUAAUAGCACUUAACCUUUUUGCAACAUUUGUAUAAGGAACUGUCUGGGACCAGCUUAACAUUCAGAAUCAGUCAAAAUGAUCCCUUGUGCUCUCCCUCCUACCUUUACCCUCACAAGAACUGAAAGCUCGCUCUACUAUUGCACAACCCCUGUCACUAUUCUAAGCAUGCCAGCAAUGGAGUAACUUUUCUGUGAAUGUAUUUGCAUAUCCCAGAUUUCUGCUUCCAGCUGUCCUGUAUUAUAUAUAUAAAAAUUCUAACUAAUAUAAAGAUUGUGGUGGAAACAUGG